GCAUCACAAUUAUUCUGAUUCCGGAGUUUAAAACCCAAAUGGUUGCUUCUUCUCUGCAUCAAAAUUGGACCCAAAAGCCAUCGUCACUAUUCUCUCUCUCUCUCUCUCUCUCUAUUUUAAAUAACCCCAAAUUCUCCUGUCCUCCAUUUCUUUAUUGUUUGUUUGUAGGGUCUAGGCUCCUCCUCUCCUCAAACUCGCUCCCUUCCUGACCUGACCUGACUCCCUCAUUUCCAGUUUCCCAUUUUCCCCCACCACCAUUUUUUCUUUUCUUUCUUUCUAGAAAUCUUCAAUGGCAGAUGGCUCCAGAUUCAAACCCUACGGUCGCAACUGUACUCAAAGAAGCCGAACCAGCACCGACUCCAGCUCCCCGGAAUUCGAGUUCUGGAGGCUCCAAAACCCGUCUUGCUCGCAACCUGAUCUCAUCUCUGCCGAUGAACUAUUCGUCGACGGUGUCAUUCUCCCUCUCAGCCUCGUCCCCGCCCCCAAAAACCCGCCCGACCCGAACCCGCGACCCGACUCUGAAGAGAUUUCUGCUCCCGACCCAGAACCGGAACCCGGCCCGGAAGCCCAGGUGUCGACCGGAGCUCUGGUGCUGACCGUAUCGAGGCGGUGGAGGGACAUGUUCAAGAAGAAGAGUGAGGGUAGUGAGAAGGAGAAGGAGAAGGAGAAGAAGAAGGAGCGGAAGAGCGGCGGAGCAGCCACCGGAGCGAGCUCGGCGGAGCUGAACAUCAAUCUGUGGCCGUUUUCGCGGAGCAGAUCCGCCGGAAAUGCUUGUACCCGACCCAAAUUCGGGGCUCCGGGAACCCGGAAGGUGAACAGCGCGCCGUGUUCGAGGAGCAACUCGACGGGCGAGUCCAAGUCAACGAGGAAGUGGCCGGCGAGUCCGGGUCGGGCCGGAGUCCACUUGGGUCGGAGCAGCCCGGUUUGGCAGGUCCGGCGUGGAGCCUCAACCCUGGGUAAAACCUCCGAAACCCAAGUCAAGAAUGCUGAGAAGAGCACCAAAAAAGAAGCACCCGAAACUCGCCGGGGUAAAACCACCGCAUCCGGCGGCGGUCGCGGCGGAGGAGGUGGUGCAAAACCCAGAGUCUUGAACUUGAAUGUUCCGACGUGUAUCGGGUACAGAAGCCAUUUGAGUUGUAGAAGUGACGUCAUGAAUAGUGCUGUAGGAAUCGGCGGCAGUAGUGGUGGCAACAACCACCGUGGCGCCGCCGCUGGCGGUGGCGGAGAUAGUAGUAACGCUGCUGGGGCUGGUAGUAAUCUUUUUAAUCUGCGCAGCCUUUUCUCUAAGAAGGUGUAUUAAGUUAUUAAUCAUCAUCAUCAUCCCUCUUAUAUAUUAUUAACUCUAUAUUAUCCAAGGAUGAAUCUUUUUUUUUCUCUUUGAAAAAAUUAAGAGAAAAACAGGGUUUCUUUCUUUUUCAUAUGUAAAUUAAACGGAAAAGGUAGCAGCUUUCUUGACAGAAAAAAUGGGUUGGCUUUUGUUUGGUUUUUCUGGAAUUAUCUGAUCUGAAAGUGCUAUGUCAUCUGGUUUAAUAUUCAGUUUGAGUUUGAAUGUGCUUAUUC